GACAAGGCUGCGCCCGGCCUGGUCUGUGGGAUCUGCACGGGGCGCUGUUAGCAAGGCCCUGGCCCCCGCAAGUCCCUGUUCUGUCGCAUGUCGACAAGGAAACGCCAAGAGCCAAGCACUCUUCGACCCGUCGCCGCAAACCAUCCUUGAACCAUCCCACGCCAACAACGACACAUGCAACAACAAACUUUCGGCGAGAAACUGUCUCUUCUCAAUCUACCAUGACCGCGCCCGACUUGCAUUGACCGGCCUGAACUUGCGCUGACCCUAAGGGAAGAAUCUUUCGGCCUAUUCUGCUGUAUAGGGCGGCUUGAAUGUCUGCCUGGCGUUCUCGUAGGGCAUUCUUGCAGUAAUUAACUGGACACUCAGCAGCAAGGAAGCGAAACGAACAACUCCAUUUUGCCUUUGCAGCCACCAUGGCGCAACAACAACAUCAGCAGCCUUCAACGCCCGCCGGCACCGGUAAUUCUAUCUUUGGCGGGCCCGCUCACCUCCAACAGCCCGCCGGCCUCCUCGCUCAGUCUUCGUUCUCGUCCUUCUCGACAGCACUCACACCUGCUUCGGCCGCAUCGUCGAACAAUACCUACAUCAUGCCGAACUCGCCGCUCAAGCACCGCGCCGCCAUGGACGGCUACCGUCCCAAAGUCACACGCACUCUCGGCCAGCGCCCGGCCUGUCUCGUCAAUGCCUCAGUGACGUAUUGUGGUAACAACCAGAUUUAUGCCUUCGGAGGCUUUGACCAGUACACCGACGAGGUUUACAAUCAUGUGUUGCGACUGGAUCUUGUCAGCCACCAGUGGAACCUGGUCGAUAACUACGGGGACAUCCCCGGUGUUCGGAUGGGCCACACGGCGACGCUGUACAAGGGGGACAAGCUGUUGGUUUUCGGAGGCGAGAACGAACAUCGAACUUAUCUCUCGGAUCUUAUCAUCUUUGACUUGAAGACUGCCCACUGGACACAGCCACAAGUGACGGGACCUAUUCCAAAAGGCCGCGCUCGCCAUGCUGCUGUGCUACAUGAGGACAAGCUCUUUAUCGUGGGUGGUAUAACAGGCCAUGACAACUAUGUGUUGGACGACAUAUGUUAUUUGGAUCUUAAGACCUUCACCUGGUCCAAGUCGUGGCGUUUUGUUGGGCGGUUCGAUCACUCUGCAUACAUUUGGAGUGACAGGGUCUGGGUGUUUGGUGGCUUGAGUGAAGAUAUGGACAAGGUUAGUGACCUGUGGUGGCUGGAUCUCAAGGGCAACCCAGCGUUUGAGUCUCCUCCACAUAUCGGCACCCUCGAUCGAUCCGGUUUAUCUCGAAGUGCGGCAUCACCACGGCCAUCGUAUCCUUCCGUCCAGUCUACAGCUGUGGGCUCUUCCGGUUAUGCUGCCAACUCUAGGACUGCACAGGUCAACCCACCGUCAUUCCACCUGAAGACAUAUGCGCCACAAGCACCCGGGGCCAUUUCUGCGCUCAAGUUUGUCAGCGGUCCUAAUGUCCCAUCUCAGAUGCAAGGCAUCCAUUUCCAUGUCUACUCUUCAGGAACACUCCUGGACUUUGUAACACCAGCAGCUACGAUUACGUCAAAAGAAUGCUCACUAUCAGCCUUAGAUUUGGCAGCCUUACGGUGGCAGAAGCUUGCAGAAGGUCGAGAGAUAUUCAAGCCAGGCUAUCGGUGGCAUUACUGCACUAUGAAUGAAGAUGGCACGAAAGCAUGGCUGCUCGGCUGCCCUACCGAUCCAGGGGCUAUUGAUCUCGGGGCUAAUGGCCUGGAGGAGUAUCUUUCGGACAUUAUGGAAAUUGAUCUGCGGCGCUACGGGUUCCUAGGAAACAACAUGGCUCCAGAGCCUCGCACCACCCGCCCGUCCUCCCGCACCCGGCACGUCGAAACACCUUCCAAGGGCCUUGGUGAUGAUCUAGCGAAGCUCUUCAACCAGCCCCCAGAAUCAGGCAGCGGCACGGAUUUCAUCGUCACCGCGCUCUCGAGGGACUUUGACGAGGAAGAGGUUAUGGGCUCGGCACUCGUCCACGCCCAAGUAGACUCUGUCGGCGACACGGACCCCGACCAGACCUGGCUGUCACCAGACACGCCUACCUCCCCACCCAUCCACGUUCAUCGGCUCAUCCUCCAAGCCCGUUGGCCGCACUUUGCCCGGUUGUGGUCUUCUCAGAUGGCCGAGUUUCACACCAAAAAAAUGCACAUUCCUGAACCAUACUCUGUCGUCAAAGCAUUCUUGUACUACCUCUACACUGACCGGAUCGAUCCGCCUGAUCAAAACGGCAACGAAACCACUGCCGACCUGGCUGAUGUAGCAGGCUUGUUGGUCAUGUCGAAUAUUUACAACAUUCCCCACUUGAGACUGUUGUGCGUGAAUAGAUUGUCAAAGGAGCUGGAUGUGGAUCAUGCGUGCAUUAUCUGGUAUUGCGCGGGGUUGUCGAACGAGGAGUGGUUGAGGAAGCGGGCAGCGAACUUUUGCAUGACGCACUGGGGGAGGAUCGUGAGGACGGUUGGGUUUCAGCGGUUGCCGAGGAAUGCGCUGGUGGAGCUCAGCCAGGAGGUGGAUAGUGAGGGGAGGGUGGUGGCGGGCGAGGAACUGGAUAUGAUGCAGGUUGGGUUUGGGGUUGGCGGAAUUGAUAGGGGGGGGGGGCUGGGGAGGAAGGAUAGUGUGGGGAGUGAUCAAGAGGGUGGGAGAGGGGUGAUGGAGAGUGAUGGGCAUGAGGAUGGAGAGGAAGAGGAGGAUGGGAUGGAGAUGAGUUAGGGGGUUAGUCGAAGUCCUGUUCGGGAAGGGGCGUUGAGGGGGCGGGGGAGGUUGGUAGAGGGGGAGGAAACCUUGGGGCUUGAGAGCAGUGGGGAGAGUGAGGGUAGCGAGGAUAGUGACGAGGAGACGUUGGGAGCUGGGGGGAAUGAGGUGCUCAAGGAGGAUAGUGAAGAGGAAGGGGAGGGGGAACUGGAUCUUAGUUUUGUCGAUACGAGUGUGAGGCGGUCGGCGAGGAAGCCGAGGAUGUUGUUGGAGCUUCUCUGAGUGACUCUCUUAUGUCCGAGGAGAUAAUUCCCUCGGUUUCUUCGGUUAAGGUAAUCAGGCUACGUUUUUUUUUUUGCUUUUAUCACAGUUGCUACUUUUUUUUCCAUAGCUCGAGAGGUCUCUUUUGGACUGGGAAAGGGGCAAGGAUACGCUGGGAUCGGAAAUGGACAGGUUGGCUGGCAUCAUGGCGGAGGCGUUGAUG